UAGCUCGAGAAGUUAAUAUCGCACUACGGUAACAGCCACAGACCGCUGCUGCCCUGCAUAACAUUAGCCUGAGAAUGUCGAUUUUGCAUCAAUUUCUGAAACAAACCAGUGUUGUGUUUCACUGCACCCAUUACAAACCACAGCUUCCUAGUGCUUGCUAAAUGUCAACGACAGACACUACUUUGCGCGAUGGCUCCAACGAAUCAAUAUCACAAUCUCCAACUGCUGCCAGUACCAGUUUCAGAUUCGACAGUGAAUUGGAUAAUCUGUGGACCAACUGUGAAUGGCUAGCUGGUGGGACCUACCUGAACACUCAGGUUGGCCGUCUUCCCGAACGCAGUUCGACACUCGUGAAGCCUCUCCAUCUUGCUCUCGGGCUUCUUUUCAAUGGACUCUAUGAUGAUUCGGACCCAAGAUUGUACGCUGUCGACCCUGAGUUGCCCAGGUCUCUUCAAUUACCUCUGUUCUGGACCGCCAUUUCCCAGGCAUCGGGGAUCCCUGAUAAUAUUGCCUUGCACCUUCGCGAGGUGACAUUCAAGCCACAUGGCGAGCGUCUCCUACAGCAAUGUAUUGGCCAGGCGCUAUGGCAAGAGUUGAAGAAAGAUAAAGACUUACACAAAGAAGACAAAAGAGCUUCUUCUGAUCCAGAAAAUAUUCUGAGUCGAGCCACCAUAGACACCGAAACCAUUUUAAAGCGGGCCAAAAUGAUAUGCGAUGAAUAUAGUAGCGAGUUUAUCGCUCUGCACCACAUUCUCCUGGCGCUCCUUGAGCACGAAGAACUCUUUGACAUUCUCAAGAAAUGGCAGAGCCUACGGACCGAAAAGCUUCCUGAUAUUGUUCGCCAUCUUAGACCCAUGACCAUUCGCAACCACAACACUCAAUUGUUUCCCAUCUUGAACCAAUGGGCAAUCGAUCUCACGCAGCUUGUCAAAGAUAAGAAGGAGCGAGGAAAAGUGAUCGACCCGUUAAUCGGCAGAUGCAACGAAUUGCGUCGCCUUAUAGCUAUUCUGUCAAGACGCAAGAAGAAUAGCGCUGUUCUUCUCGGCGAUCCAGGUAUUGGAAAAACUGCCAUUGCUGAAGGCCUAGCACAUAGACUUGUCGAAGGAAUCUUGAAAGUUGGUACUGGGGAUCAUAACAUCGAUCAGCCUGGCGUCAUUGAAGGCCUGGAUCGGAGGAGUGCCAGACGCACCAUGCAAGUCCCAGAGUCUGUCGUUGCCCGGGUGUUUAAUCUAGACCUUGCGUCAUUACUUGCAAGCACAGCAUGCAAGUCAGCGUAUGAACAGAUAGUCAAGAUGAUCCUGGAUGAGAUUGCACAGCAUGAGGAAAGGGGUAUCAGGGCCAUCAUUUUCAUAGACAAUCUGAGCCAGAUCGCUAUAGGAGGGUACCGCAGCGAUGGGACUGGUUUGGACGCCGCCACCAUUAUGAAGCCGUUCUUAAUGAAGGGUAAACUACGUUGUGUUGGGUGUUCAACUAUCGAAGAUUUCCGAACGUAUAUAGAAAAGGAUGGCGCAUUGGCUCGUCAAUUUUCGCCUAUUUACGUCUGCGAAUCCGCUCCAGAUGAAACGGUGGAAAUACUGCGCGGAUUAAAGGCCCCCCUACAGCGUUUUCACAAGAUUGCCAUCUUGGAUGAUGCCCUUGUAGCAGCAACCACGAUCGCCACUCAGUUCUUCGCACAUAAAAGACUACCAGACUCGGCUAUAGAUCUGAUCGACGAGACAUGCGCUCAGGCCACCCUUGCACGCAGUGCCAACUCAGAAACAGUGUGGAAACUACAAAGGAGCAGAGUUGUGUUGGAAAUGGACAUAUGCUCCUUGAAGCGAGAGGUUGACGAGGAAAGCGAUCGAAGGGUGCUUGAAGCUCAAGCUAAACUAUACAAUCUUGAUCGAAAGAUUGAAGCAUCAAGCUCUUCGAGACGAAUUUACCGAAUUAUACGUCGCAAACUGAAAGAAGUUGAAAAGAAGAUCAGGACAGAAGAUGAUCGAUUUACACUUGGUUCAUUUAACGAUGAAGACGAAAGACAAGAGGCCAUAGACAGAGUCCAGGACCUUCGAAUCAAUCAUGACAAUCUUCAACACCAACUAGAGCAGGCCGAUUCCGGGACAUUCACUUUGAAUUUGGAUGAAUUCGAAAAGAACAGCGACCCAGUCACGGACAAGAUGGUCGCAAAGACCGCCAUGUAUUAUACCUUUAUUCCUGCAGCUGAAACUCUCAACCCAUCGGAGAUCCUGAAAGUUGCAGACAGGCUAAGCACAGUGGUGGUUGGCCAGCCGGAGGCUGUUGAAGCCGUCGCGAACACGGUGCAAUACAUGUGGGCGGGAUUCAAAAAUCCACGAAGGCCUAUCGCAUCGUUCCUUUUUGGUGGUCCAUCAGGAUCCGGGAAAACGCUGCUCGUGAAGGGACUUUCCGAGAUUGCACUUCAACAAUCUGGCAAGUUGCUACGCAUCAAUGCCAACGACUACGCCGAACCGCACAGUCUCACGCGUUUGAUCGGAACACCCGCAUGCACGGGGUUCGACCAUGGUGGUCAGCUGACUGAAUGUGUCAGACGAAAGCCUUUCUCUGUCGUGCACAUCAAAGAUAUCGAACGAGGCUGUGUGGAAUUCAGGCUGCUCAUACAGACCAUUCUCGAUGAGGGAACGAUCAAAGAUGGUGAUCGGAAUGUUGUUGAUUUUACCAAUUGCAUCAUUAUCAUUUCGACGAGCCUUGGUCAAGUGAACAUGGGGCGCGCUAUAUCGGAAGAGACGGAGCGCAAGCACUUCAUGAACGAGAUUAAAACCUAUUUCCCUGGUGAAUUCCUGUCGCGCCUUGAUAAAAUAGUGGUGUUUCGACGUAUGUCUGGAGCCACUCUGAUCACAAUGAUCCAUGCUCGCCUUGAAGAGCUGAGAAAGCAAUUAUCCCUCAUCGACCUCCAGCUGUCAGUCCAUGACGCGGUGGAGAAUCGUCUGCAGUUCCAGGCGCCAUCAAACCGUGUAGGCUGCGCGCGAUGGUUAGAUCGGUUGAUUCGAUCGGAGAUCCUGGAACCACUCACAAAGCUCCUCCUCAAGAACGAUGUGCCUGAAAACAAGACUGUUGUCUUGAACAUCGAUGAAGACACACGCAAAAUAACAGUCCGGCUUGUUGAGGGGGGACCUACUAUACCAGUCACGGAGCCAAUGCCAGAGUCGCCCGUAUCAUCGUCGCCUUCUACUUCUUACUACAGUUUCGACACAGACGACGAGCAUUGGGAGGGUGAAUCCACAGAUUCGCACAGCGUAGAUGAAGAAGAGGAUGGACACUUUCGCCAGAGCUGGGCACCACUUUCCCUGCGACCAGCGGGUCCUCCGGCCCUUAGCCCACUACCACAAAGGUUAUUCUGAGCAGUGUCGUGACGGCUGAUACGAAUAUCAUGAACUUGAUGUAGAUGCAUGACU